ACUCAGGUACCUACACACUAGCAUCAUUGUGUCAUUAGAAGGUAACGACGUCCAAGACAGUCUGAUUCAUUUCUUGUUAAUAAAAAACUUAGACAGGUGCAUUUAUAACUGAGGGUGGCUGUGUAUUUUUGCUCGCAAGCUGACAUUGGAAGAUGUAGUAGUCCUGGAGCCAGCCAGCGAGUUCACGGCACUGAGAGGGCGGGCCGUCUCCCUGUGAUUAAAGGUGACAGGACCUGACACUCCAGACUUAUUGUUCUCCAGUCCAGGCAUGCAACUCUUUUUUUCGCGGGCUUAGACUGCUUAUUUUUGCAAUAUUUACCUGAUGCGACUGGCGUCUGAAGUUCAUCUUGUCCAAGCGCUGUAGUUUGUUUGCUCUUACAGAUCACAGCAGCUUUCUUUACUUAUAUCCAAAGAACUGUUGUCAAACUGACAAAAAUGAGACUUAAAGGUGGAAGACAAGUCUGUGUGUGAGGCCAAAGGUCGGAUACAAGUGUAGCUGUGUCAAUGGUGUAGGUGUGUGUGUGAGAAUACACACUGCAGGGCUGGACGGACACGCGAUGACCAGCUCCGAGGGGACACCUGUCCAGGGGGAGGAACAAGAGAUGGAGGCAGGUGAGAGCACGGACAAGCCUCGCUGGGUGAACUUCUUUCAAAGAGAGUCUCACAGGCGCUACGUGGAGCAUCUCCGUGAACGGGAAUAUGAAGACAUCAUACAGACUCUUCGCCGAAGCUCGACCGCCGAGGACAAGCAAACUCCUUCUGUUCUGCUUCCUCUUCCUCCAGAACAGUACUUCCUGUAUCCCGAGCUGGGCCUCCGCCAGUUCGGUGGACCUCUGAGGUCCAGCAUGACGUCAGUCAACUCCAGUUCCAUGACGUCCUCCGCCAGCUCCAGCUCGCCCACGUCCACCGCGGUGUCAUCGGCGCUGGAGUGCACACCGGAAGUGAUGGAAGAGAAGAAGAAGACCCGCUGCAAGCGCACGGCGACCUUAGUGUGUCUGGGGGUGCUGGUCAUCGCUUUGCUCUCCCUCACGGCCGGGGUCACGCUGCACUUUCUUCUGGAGACAGCAGAACGACCCAUGCAAGCAACCGAGUUUGUUGAUUGGGCCAAAACAACCAAUCCGGCAUCACGUGACCCGGGUUUAAUCAAUGACGUAGCUCCUAUCAGUACAACUCAUAUGUUUCCCUACCUAGACUUUACUAAGAAAUCCUUCACAACUGUACCUGCUUCCGAUGCUGAUGGUCCAACUUCUUGGGUCAACAUAUCAGGACCAACCACUCCUUCCACCUCCACGUCACCAACAUUAACGUCGUCCGACAUUUUGUCCACAGCACGAUCUGCCUCAACAGACUUCUCUGAGUUCCAUAACAACACAAAGUUUACAGACUUACACACAACGCGUGACCCAGUCUUUUCAUUGACAAAUGAAAGUAAAGCCGACGAUAGUCCACUCUUGUCAUCUUCUUUGAGUUCAACGGCAGAUGUGAUAAUGCCAACCAUAGUUACAAAGACAAAGUCAUCCACCAUGGAAGCAGUGACCUCACUGCACCCGUCAGAACUACCUGCUGAUGACUCGAUGACAUCUUCACAAACAACAUCUGCUGAUGGCGCACAGUCAUUGAACCAACCAGCAUCAUCUGGUGGCACAGAGCCCACUUCACUGAUGAUUGAGUCAUCCACAGAGUCUACUUCAAUGAUAAUUGAGUCGUUUACAGACUCCACUCCACUGAUGACUGAACCAUCCAUAGAAUCCACUUCACUAAUGAUUGAGUCAUCCACAGUGUCUACUUCAAUGAUAAUUGAGUCAUCCAUAGAGUCCACUUCACUGAUGAUUGAGCCAUCCACAGAGUCUUCCUUAGGCUUCUCAGACCCUGCACCACAGCCACCAUCAGCGUCUACUGAUAGUACAGAGCCCACCCCCUUGCUAAAUUCUCCGCACAGAGAUUCAUUCUUAUCUUCUCUUUCUUUCUCAGCUGUAAUAACUCCGAUAUCAGAUACAGCGCCAUCUACCCUGGGUGCAAUGACUUUGCCACAGCCAUCAGGACUUUUUGUUGAUGACCUGGCGACCUCUUUCUAUCAGACAGCAUCAGUAACUACAGGUGGCGUAGAAUCCACUCCAGUGCCAAUAACACCAUCUACUAGCGAUGUAGAAUCUACUCCAUCUACAGAUUCCUCCCUGAGCCUAUUGAUACAAACUACCGGCGAUACAGAGCCUGUUACACACCUGUCAACAUCAUCUAUUCAUGGUGCAGAAUCCACUCCAGUGUCAUCGACUGGUGGUGCAGACAUUUCUUCGAAGCCCCGAACGCAAUCUACUGGCGGUAAAGAUUCCACUUCCCUUCCAGAAAUUUCUUCUUCUUCUUCAGUAUCAGCGACUGUUUGGUUAGAAAAUUCUAGAAACCUGACCACAGCCACAUCUAGCGAAUACUUCACAGAAGGUUUCUCGAACACAACCCUCGCUUUGUCAGAGCUAAACAGGAUCUCAUCGUCGAAUAGUUUGUACGCCUCUAAUAACAGUGUGAUAACUACAGAAAGUGUGACAGUUGCAGACAAUGUAAUAAUAACAGGGCAUGUAACAGUUACAGAGAGCGAAACAGCUACAGAAAGGGUAGCCGGAAGUGUAACACCCUUGAUGUCAGCACCAGUGGCUCCAGCUGCAGAAUAUCCAAACACCGCUUCUAAUACAACACAAUCCUCUCCCAUCAGAGACUUACUAUCGUUAAAAAACAUGGAGCUUGACCGAGAAGCCUCCAUGGUGAACUCCGGGGCGUCAUCAGUGCCUGGGUCGUCAAACAGUCUGCUCGGCAAACACGAGCUCCUUGACGAGAGCGACUCUUCCCAACGGAAAGACGUUGUCCUGGAUCACGAAGACACUUCUUCUUCCAAGACGACUUCUGAUGGCAGAGAGACCUUUCUUUCGAAAACUGAAAAUAAUACAACCACGACAACAUCGUCGUUAAUAAAAGAAACUGUCUCGAGUAGUUCUUCUGGAUUGUCUUCGUCCGCAAUUAAAGCUCAUCCGUCUACCGGAAGUACUUCGACGGUGACCGUUCCUAGCACAGUCGGAUCUCUACUUUCAACGAUAUUUUCACGAAACACCAAUAAGUCCAACUCAAGCUCGUUGUCUUCUACUACGCCUAUGAACAAGAAUUUCAAUAACUUUGAGAAAGAGCCAGAUUCCAGUUUACAGUCGCUUGUUUCGCCACUAGCUGAUGUCAAUCCCGAUGGCAACUUUGUACAAGAAGAUAACCUCACGGCAGUUUAUAAUGAAACUUUCACUCAUGCUCCUCUGCCAGUCUUCAAUGCAACGCAAGAUAAACUAAAGUCAAUCAUGUCUUCUUGGACUGGGGGCAACAGUUCCUUCACAGAAACAUACAAUGAAACCUACCCCCGGGGCACCAAACCCUCGUUAAAGUCAGAAUCUACAAACAACACCAAGUCAGAUGAAAGGUUCUCUGUUUUUAUGGAUUUAAUUCAGGACCAAGAAAAUAUAACUCGUGAUUUCCACAAUUUUACAGAAAUGGCUAUUAAUGAUCUUGUAAAUUCUUUGCACGCGAGAAACACGUCAACAAACACGACAACGACACAUUCCCAAGCACACAAUCACAUGGACGUGGGAGCAGACAGCACAGGAAGCCAUAAUUCUUAUCUACCUAUCGAGGGUUUAAGCCAUGGUAAUCACGAAACUGCAAAUACGCCAAAGACAAACACCUCGGCGCAUGUUGAAGUUGUGACAAUGACCCCGGCCCCAGUAGGACUGAUUCAUCUUGCAGGGGCACUCAACCCCUUCAUUGGGUGGUCCCACGAUAAGCCAAACAGGACAGGAGACGAAAGAAAUGAUGAUAAUAAAUCUUCUACCUCAUAUCUUCCUCCGCUUCCAAGUCGUUCAAGAAACUCGUCAGGAAGUCGUGAAGAGGACCAAAGGAAUAUAGCUGGCUUUUCCAAAGACCUGAACCCACAUAGCAGCUGGUCAGGAUUCAGCUCGUUGUCUGGGGCAACCGAUAUAAACUCUGACCAUCGUUUUUUCACGACCACGGCAAAACUGAUGACCAGUCAAUCCCUAAAAGAUUUGGGAACAGUGGCAAGAGAGAGGUCGUCAGGAGACCCCAACUCCGCAGGGUUUGUGAGUCUCGGGCCAAAUAUGGCGACCGGCUCUUCACUUCCUGCACAAACCACAACUUCCGGAGGGGAGGUCAAACAUGACACAAGGAACUGGUCACAGAUGGCCGUGAAGACCAAGACUGAAACAACAACAUCCACAACAGUUUUAGGCCCCAAGACAACCACCACUAUCACUGGUACCUCAACUACACAACCGUCAACGCUCCCUUCAACUUUGCCUCCCCCAAACACUGGACAUCCUACAACCACGACAUCGACAACACCUGCAUCAGUAACUUCCACAUCCGCAGGCCUGGUGUUGUCCAUGUUAACGUUAAGAACAACGACCGCGAAGGUGGACUUGCCCAUCCUGGAGGAACCUCUAUUAGAUCCUCUUGGCUUCCCCAUCAGCAGCGACAACACACACACGACAGACCACGCUGGUGACGACGGCAGCAACCUGUUUGCUUUUCCUCGGAGGAACAGAAACUCUGCACACAAACCAGCCACACCCUCAAUUACCACCACGACCACGAAAAGGCCCACAACAACAACAACGGAAAAACCAGCUGAAGUCAUCAUCAUCGCACCUGACGUCACGGCUGACCUAGGAAUGAGUCCCACCAACAGUCUCAAAGUCACGUGUCACGCCUUUCAAGCAUGGGGGUGGACGUACAUGUCUCUGUCUCGAUUCGAAGGAACUGGCAACGCCACAGACGCGGUGGAGUUUCUCGGCGGCGUCUACAUCUUUGAUGAGUUCCCUUUCAUCCCCAUCGACUCACGGAUGAGUCACCACCGCGUGCACCGGGACACGGACCGCGUGACGCUCACCCUGGAGAGUCAGUACGCCGUGUGCGAGGACAAGGGCACCUACCUGUGUGAGAUCAUCGUCAACGGAUCGACUUGGUCCAAGACUUUCAACGUCGACAUCAGAAAAAAACCUGACAUGCCCAAACUGAAGGUACCAGGAGAUUUGAUUUCCGGGGAGGAAGCGACGUUUGUAACCACCUGGAAUGCUGGGUAUCCACUGAUGGGUACAAUAGUUCAUGAGAUCACCAAGGGAUACACCAAUCUUCCUAAACAUGCCACGAAGGAGCAAACUACUACGAGGGUCAUGAAGUGUGAAAUUAUUGUUACCAACAGCUACACCGUGAUACCGGAUGUGACGUGGAACGCUACAGAGAUCCAGGUGUCCAUCCUGCCUCGACGUGACGCCACGCCCAAGAUGCUGCAGACCCUGGAGGUGCUGGACAAGCAGACGGUUACCCUCAGCGUGCUGAGAAGUGACAUUUGUGUCGGCAACACCAACAUGAUUCUGCCUCAUCCCUACACCUGUACCAAGUUCAUCAACUGCAACGACGGCAUAGUCAAGGUUCAGACCUGCCCGGAGAAAACGUGUUUUCACCGCCUUCAGCUCACCUGCUACUAACUCACCUGUUAGAGUCUCACCUGAUGACUUCCUGAUCUUUCUCACGGAAACGCACCUGCAGUCAGUUCACCUGUUGACAGUUCACCUGUUGUCAGUUCACUUCACCUACCUGCAGUCAGUUCACCUGUUGUUGGUUGAGUCACCAAAACGACAAACGCUGUCAACGACAGGUGUUCACCUUCAAUGCUUGUUGAGUCUUAGGUUCUGGUGAGGUCAACGGCUGAAAGAGCGCAACUUUGUUCUGAAUGAUUCCAAGUUGUAAACAGCUUUCAUAACAACCUUGAUGGUUGGUGACAAAAACAUUUUAUCUACAGUUACCUUCAUUAGUUGUUCAGAACUUGGCCGUGAUUAUAUCUAAGCUUCUGUGAUGUGUUUUAAAGACAUACCUAUUUUUUGUACACCUUCGUGAAAACUAAUAAAGCGUCAUCCAAAUUCUUCAUGGUCCUGAAGGGAUGUCCUGAAAGAUAAAUUGUGUUUACAUUGUGGUUUUUUUUUCCUCUGUAUACUUUUGCGUAUACGAAAAAGAUGGUAUGUGACAAAGGCACUCUGAACAAAACUUUCGCGUGGAUAAACAAUUGUGUUUAUUUGUCUAUGAAUUUCUGUUUCUUUAUUGCAGCUGAUAAACACUCGAACUCAACCAUAAAUUUAAGUUUGUCUGUAUAAACUGCAAUAACAUAAAACUGAGAGCAAAGUUGUUUUCUGCAGACAAUAUUGUUUAUUUGUACUGGCAAAGUACCAUGGCUGGCCAUGGUUUCUGUUUGUUAUUUUUGUAUGUCUGUCUGUCUGUCCGUCCAUGUAAUUUUCUUUUAUUUUUUCUUUGUUAAAUUAUUUGCGAAUUUUUAUGUAGAUUCAAUCUAAUUUUUUUUUAGUAGAACUAUCUGCUAAAGUAUCAACUUUGUCUUUGACCACAGGUAGUAUAUCAGUGUUGUACAUAUUUUAUUUUGAAAUAAUUGUCAAAUAUUUGUAAACAUUUGUUUGUAUAUCCUAGUACGAUUACCUUACUUCACUUUUUCGAUCGUCGCAAAUCUACUUGUUCCCUACACUCGUUGAUGUGUGUAACACCAGCUGUACUGAAUGAACUCAAUAAUACGGGCUGCUGUCGGCACUUCACAGAAUUUUACUUGUAUUAAAUCUUGCU